AUUCAGCCUACGCUGGCCAUGAAUAGCGUUAGGGAGUCGUGUCAUCAACUUCCACUUAUAAUCACGACCUUUUUCCAGGGUCUACCAAGAACAUCAGGAAUAAAGAGUCAUGAAAUCAGAUGCAAGCCUGAUGCUGUGUUCGUAUAACUUUCUCUCGUCGAAGGAAGUUUAUUUGUUAACAUUAAAGUCCAGCUUUAUGGGAUGUAUUUGCACAAAGCAGCAACUUAAAUAUGAUGACCCAGCAGUUCUUGCAGCAGAGACUUGCUUCAAUGAAGCUGAAAUUGAAGCCUUGCAUGAGCUAUUCAGGAAACUAAGCAGUGCUUUAAAAGAUGAUGGGCUUAUUAGCAAAGAAGAGUUUCAGUUGGGGUUAUUCAGAAAUAGCAAGAAUCAAAGUCUCUUUUCCGACCGGAUUUUCCAAUUGCUUGACUCCAAGCAUGAUGGAGUCAUAGAAUUCGCGGAGUUUGUACGAUCCCUGAGUGUCUUCCACCCAGAAGCACCCCAAUCAGACAAAGCUGCUUUUGCAUUUAAACUAUAUGAUAUAUGGGAGACAGGUUUCAUCGAACGCGAUGAGGUCAAGGUGCUGAUAUUGGCAUUUUUAGAUGAAUCAGAAUUGAUGCUUUCAGAUGACAUUGUUGAAGCCAUUAUUGACAAGACAUUUGAGGACGUGGAUUCAAAUGGGGAUGGAAAGAUUGAUCAAGAGGAGUGGAAGGAAUUCGCAACUCGAAAUCCAUCCUUGCUAAAGAACAUGACAAUUCCAUAUUUGAAGUUGGCGACUGUUUUAUCACCGUAAAGAGGAAACGGGGCCGUCAUUUCCUCUUUAUUUUGGCUGAAAGAUCAUCUCAAGAUAAUUUAGCUAUAUCUAUCUAAAGGCAAAGUUUCUAAGUAAUAUCACAUCUGUACUACCUACAUUCCACAAUCUCAGCUCCUCAUGUACAUGUAUGUUACACAUUAUUCUAGUCUGUACUUCAUCUACAUGAAUAUUACACAACGUUCUUGUCA